GGGCCGGUCCCCAAGUGGAGCCCGAAGCAAGUGCUGGACGGGACCAAGGGCCUGGAUGAUUGCCUGCAGCAGUAUGUCCACAAAUUUGAACGGGAGAAGAUAAAUGGUGAACAGCUGUUGCAGAUUUCCCACCAGGAUCUUGAAGAUUUGGGUAUUACACGAAUUGGACACCAAGAACUUGUUCUAGAGGCUGUGGAUCUCCUGUGUGCACUGAACUAUGGCCUUGAAACGGACAACAUGAAGAACUUGGUUCUCAAACUGCGAGCAUCCUCCAAUAAUCUGCAAAAUUACAUCAGCAGCCGAAGGAAAAGUGCAAAUUAUGAUGGUAAUACUUCACGCAAGCCUCCCAAUGAAUUCCUUACAUCCGUGGUGGAGCUUAUUGGUGCUGCUAAAGCCUUGCUUGCAUGGCUGGACAGGGCUCCGUUUACAGGAAUUGCAGACUUUUCCUCAAUGAAGAACAGAAUCAUUCAGCUUUGCUUGGAUCUCACUACUACUGUUCAGAAGGAUUGCACCGUGUCUGACAUGGAAGAUAAAGUUCAGACUGUUUCGAAGACUUUGAAUGGAAUUUGUGAUAAAGCCAUCCGAUCAACUACAGAUCCAUUAAUGAGCCAGUGUGCUUGUCUGGAGGAGGUUCACUUAACCAACAUUAAACCUGGGGAGGGCCUGGGAAUGUACAUCAAAUCAACUUAUGAUGGAUUGCAUGUAAUUACUGGAACUACAGAAAAUUCUCCUGCUGAUCGAUCUCAGAAGAUUCAUGCUGGUGAUGAAGUGAUUCAGGUUAAUCAGCAAACUGUGGUGGGGUGGCAACUGACCAGUGGCUCUUUCAGUUUCGCUCCUGCUCCGCUGAAGAACUUGCGCUGGAAACCACCCCUAGUGCAGACCAGUCCUCUAUCAACUUCAACCCAGUCAGCAGAAACUGCCAUGGACACCUCACUGAAAAAAGAGAAACCAGCCAUUUUGGAUCUCUACAUACCACCUCCACCAGCUGUUCCAUACUCUCCUCGAGAUGGAAAGGGGAGUUUUGUUUAUGGAGGAGGCAGCAAACCCAGUCAGCCACUAUGUGGGUCCAAGGGUGCCGAAUCUCCAAAUUCUUUUCUGGAUCAGGAAAGUCGAAGGCGAAGAUUUACUAUUGCUGAUUCUGAUCAGUUGCCUGGAUAUCCUGUAGAAGCAAAUAUACUUCCAACCAGGAUGAGGGAAAAAACACAGUCCUAUGGAAAACCUCGUCCUCUGUCGAUGCCUGCUGACGGGAGCUGGAUAGCAGCUGCAGAACCUUUCUCAAGGCCCCGAGUACCAGGAAGAAAAGGUGAAGAUGUCCUGUGUAGGUACUUCAGUAAUGAAAGAAUACCCCCAAUCAUUGAAGAAAGCCCCUUAGCACAGCAUCCCUUUCCGAGGCCAGUGUCUGAAAAGCAUUUGGUGAGAGGAACAGAUUAUAUUCGAGGCAGCAGAUGUUUUAUGAAUACAGACCUCCACAACAGUGCAACAAUUCCUUUUCAAGAGGAAGGCUCUAAAAAAACUUCUGUUGCGUCAUCCACAAAAUCUUCCUCUGCAGAGCCCUCGCUGUUGGUCAGCUGGAUCACAAGACUUAAGUUGUUGACUCACUGACUAUUGUUCACAGACUUGUAACAAGUGCCUUUGUUCAUCAGUCAGGCUUAUCUGCUUUUCAGCUUAACCAAUGCCUAGUGACUAAUGUGAUAUUCUUUUCCUGGAGAAUUUUACGUCUUUCCAUUUUCUUUGUGAUUUCUGAUGGAUCAGAGAGGGUUUUAUAGUGCUAGGAGAGAAGAAAAGAU